AGAUCAUUGUUGGAAUAAUGAAACAGGAAAAUUACCUCCUUCAUACAUUUAGGACACUUGGUUUUGGAAUGGCUCAUUCUGGCUAAGCAUUAAGUUUAACCCUGUUGAUAAUGUGUGGAAGUCAGUACAGUAGUGUUGGAUUUUGGAUCAAGUGCAUUCAAACUAUUAACUUCAAGUUUAGUACGACUGUAUGAAAUCAUUUGUCUUUACUUUUUUUUGCUGUAGUGGAAUGGAAGGCUCUAAAUCUUCCAGCACCACCAUGCAGGUGAGCUUCGUGUGUCAGCGCUGCAACCAGCCUCUGAAGCUGGACACCAGCUUUAACGUCCUGGACCGACUCACAAUCCAGGAACUUAUCGCUCCACUAGUCACCGUAACGCCCAGCAAACAGGCAGAAAGCGCCACCGAGGAGACUUUCGCCGAGAGCAAACAGGAUGGCGUUUCAAGAAAGUACAUCCCUCCUGCAAGGAUGAUGUCUACAGAGAGCGCUAACAGUUUCACCUUAAUCGGUGAGGCUUCAGACGGAGGAACCAUGGAGAACCUGAGCCGCAGACUGAAGGUGACCAGUGAUCUGUUCGACAUCAUGUCUGGUCAGAGUGACGUGGAUCACCCGCUGUGUGAGGAGUGUACGGACACGCUGCUCGACCACCUGGACACACAGCUCAACAUCACCGAAAACGAGUGUCAGAACUACAAUAAGUGCUUGGAGCUGCUGUCCCAGCUGCAGGAGGAGGAUGAGGACACCCUGCUGAAGGAUCUGCAGCAGCUCCGGCAGGAGGAGGAGAAGCUCAUCCAGGAACUGGAGGCCAUCGAGCAGCAGCGGGAAACGGUCGCCAUGGAGAUCACAGAGGCACGAGCCCACGCCAGCCAGCUCGACACGGAGGAGCUGCAGUAUCAGAAGGAAUACUGCGAGUUUAAACGGCAGCAGCUGGAACUGGACGAUGAGCUGAAGAGCGUCGACAAUCAGAUGCGCUACUGCCAAGCACAGCUGGACCGUUUAAAGAAAACCAACGUGUUUAAUGCCACCUUCCACAUCUGGCACAACGGGCAGUUCGGCACCAUUAACAACUUCCGCCUGGGCCGAUUACCCAGCGUCCCCGUGGAGUGGAACGAGAUCAACGCUGCCUGGGGUCAAACGGUGCUCCUCCUGCAUGCCCUCGCCAACAAGAUGGGCCUUCGCUUCCAGAGAUAUCGGCUCGUCCCGUAUGGAAACCACUCGUACCUGGAGUCCCUCACAGACAAAUCCAAGGAGUUGCCACUGUAUUGUUCGGGGGGUCUCCGCUUCUUUUGGGACAAUAAGUUCGAUCACGCGAUGGUGGCGUUUUUAGACUGUGUCCAGCAGUUCAAAGAGGAAGUUGAAAAGGGGGACACGGGAUUCCUCCUGCCGUACAGGAUGGACGUGGACAAGGGCAAAAUCGAGGACACGGGCGGGAGUGGAGGAUCGUACUCCAUCAAAACUCAGUUCAACUCCGAGGAGCAGUGGACCAAAGCGCUCAAGUUCAUGCUCACCAAUCUGAAAUGGGGUCUGGCGUGGGUCUCGUCCCAAUUCUACAACCGCUAGCGGAGAGUCCUCGGGUCGGAAGAAAGUGGACACUGCGGAGGAGAACCGAUACGGACGAUACAAACUGGGAAUUUGUUUUCAGUCUCGCUUGUUCUUUAUUAUCCUGAGAACCUGAUGGACAAAGAUGUGUGCAGAAAUUGGCAAGUCGGGCUUCUGGGUGUACCGGGAACCCUGCCACGCCUUGUUUCUGUUCUGCAGUGUUGUAAACCCUCAUGCAAACGUGUUUACUUAGUGGUGUCACGAGGCCAGACGCCGUGCUGUAAGGGUCAUUCAGCGUCCACAAAACGCUGUCCUAAACUUUAGUGAACAAGCCAAGUCAUGAUGGUAAACAUUUCAGAAAUAGACUUCACAUUUGAUUCCGUUCUUCUUGCUUGUUGUACUUGCUUGCUCUCAGCUGACACGUUAUUGGACAUUUUUACUUAUCUAGAUCUUAGAUCUUUGCCUGUGUCCCAGACCUCGUGCUCUGUGCUACAUGGUGUGGAACUAAACCGUUCUCAGUGCACUAGUAAGACAUACUGUGUCAGAAGUACAGAAGUGUGCAAUUUGGGACGUGCCCCACUUUACCUGCUAUUACUAUAGUAUGUGACUGGCUUACACAAUGUAAAUGCACCCUAAUACUAAUGAGCCCUUGUUUCCAUUCCCAAGCCUCCCCAGUCCUGCCCAAAAUCUACAUCUAAAUCUCAGUAGAAAGAAAACUGCUCUCACAAGACUUGCUAGAGGUCUGAAGUGCUCGAGGUGUGGUUUGGAACACAGCCUUUGUAAGCUUGUGUGUGUUAAAGCAUAGCAUGAGCAUGUUAGCAAGGCUGAAAUGUAAAUAUACUGAUAUUAUUUUGACGUCUGUACGUUUCAAUAAGGUUAAAAUAAAUAAAUCGGUUCCACCGGACUCAUCAGCAUUACUGUGGAAAUGAUGCACUCCAGACGCCUUCAGAAACCAACCAGAUCUGCUCUCACGUUGGCUUGGUGUCUCACGUGGUUCUCGUCCUAAUACUGCAGCUGGAGCCCAUGCACACUUGGUCCCCAGAUGCUUUACCAAGGGUUUUGAGCACUUCAGCUAAAUUUCUACUCGCUAGCCCCUUUCAUGUUUAAAAUACUUAAUUUCAGUCACAUGUUUAGUAAUCCAGCACUGAGUGGUCUCAGCAUAUUGGGACGAUGGAGAGCAAGCACCUACCUGAGUCCUGUCCCAAUUCUACACAUAUUAGGGUCGCACUGAUGCCCUUUCGGAUUUCCAAUGUGUUGUAUUUUUCUAACACGAGUUAAAUAUUAUCAUCACUGUGCUGCUGCGAUUGUUGUAAAAUGACUCUGGACGACUGUGUUACGAUAUUGUUACAAUUAUAAUGGUUUGCUUUAAUGUUCACUCAGAAUUCAGCCUAAAAUAAAGGCCAAAAUAUCAAUUUUA